UCUACAGGAGGUGAAAGAGGUCCAAGGAUCGUGGAGCAUCCUAAGUCCAUCGUGGUGCCUCGGGGAGAUCCUACCACCCUCAACUGCGCCGCUGAGGGCAUUCCUGAGCCCAAGAUUACCUGGUUCAAGGACGGGAUGAUGGUGUCCACGUCACAAGAGGAUGGUCGCUCUAACAAGGUGCUUCUUCCCCGCUCCCUCUUCUUCCUCUCCAUCAAGCAGGGCAAGAAGGAGAGUGACGCCGGGGUCUACCAGUGCGUCGCCUCCAACACCAACGGCAGAGCCACCUCCAACAACGCCACCCUCACCAUCGCUAAAUUACAGGUGUCCCAGAGGUAUGUUACAGUGUUCCAUAUGUGUCUCGGUGUCCCAGAGGUGUCCCAGAGGUGUCCCAGAGGUGUCCCAGAGGUGGGUUACAGUGUUCCAUAUGUGUCUCGGUGUCCCAUAGGGUCGACGGAGUCCCUAGGAUGUCGAGAGCGAGUUUUACCACAUCCUGUUGGCCAAGUUCCCGGCAAGGAUCUACUGGAAGGGCCUCCGGUGCGUCAGCUGCAGGAUGUGGGCGGGGGGGUGCUGCGGAGGUGUCCAAGACGGUGCCUCAGGACGUGGCUGUGGCGUCGGGAGAGAGCCGAGAUCCGUGUCCCCUCGAGGUCACCUGCCCCACAGCUGUCCUGGACGAGAGAUGGACACCUUGACCCAGACGCCGAGGCUGACAGGGUACAGCUACGGGAAGAUGGCACACUGAGUAUCAAGGAAGUUCUCCAGACAGAUGAGGGGAGUAUGUCUGCCACGCCACCAACCCGGCAGGCAAAAAGCUCACCGUCUGCCAUCCUCGACGUCAUAGGUGUGGCACCAUUCUGGGUCAAGUCUCCCCGUGAUGUCGUGGGCGUGGCGGGGGCGAAGGCGGAGUUAAGCUGUCGUGUGGGUGGCGACCCCCCAAACAUCACUUGGAGGCGGGUAGGUGGGCGGAUACCUGCAGGUCGCAUGCGGGUAAUGCGGGACCGUGGGCUGCGGGUAUCUCCUUUGCGGCCUGAAGAUGCGGGUGUUUAUCUAUGUAAGGCGACUAACAGAGCAGCGGAAAUUACUGCCAACGCUUCUCUGACUGUUUUAACGGCGCCCCGGGUGGUGGAGGUGCCAGGGGACGUGGAAGUGGAGGAGGGCGCCCCACUCCUGUUGAUGUGUGCUGUACAGAGCUACCAGUGCCCCUGGUGUACUGGACGAGGGAGGGCUCUCAGACCAUACUGCCCGCCGCCCGUGUGCCCAUGGACGCGGGCGUGGGCGGGAGGAGGACCCAGACACGGCGCCACGGCCCCAGCCACCCCGACCGUCCGUGCCAGUAACGGUACGGCCGCCGUGGUGGAGUGGGCGGCCCCGGGGAGACAGGGAGCCUCGCCCGUCACAGGCUACACCCUGGAGUACUACAGCAGCACAGGGGCAGCCUGGAAGGUGGCCACCGCCCACACGCCCCACACCUCCUUCACCCUGGCGCCCCUAGACGCUGCCAACACCUACGGGGUGACAGUCCGCGCCCACAACGCCCACGGGGUGUCGGAGCCUUCAGGGAUAGCGGAGGUGGGCGUCGGUGGUGGGUGGGUGAGGGCGGAGGAAGGCAACAUCGGGCUGCAGGAGGCCAAGGUGGUGCUGCAAGAUGCCGUCCCUACUGGCCAGGCGUCCGCUAAGAUACUGUGGCAGAUGAGUGGAGAGGCCAGCACAGUGGAGGGUUUCUACAUCCGGCUCCACCAUGUGUCACGUGACCACCACCCCUCUCCGGCUCAGGUCACUGCUGCCGGUGUUAAGCCCAGGAUAAAAGGUCUGCCACCACCACUACUAAGUCAGGCAGGUAACUCUACGGUAGUGACUGUCCUUAACGCUGGCCCAGGAGCAUCGUCUUACGUUCUUCACGGCCUCUACCACUACCGCACCUACACCGUCUUCCUCGUCCCCUUCUUCAAGACCUUCGAAGGCCACCCGUCAAACAGCCGCACCUUCGAGACUCCAGAAGCAGCACCAACGAUGCCGCCUCAGAGUGUGGGCGUGCAGCUGACUAACGUGACCACCGCCUCUGUGUUCUGUCCCCCGCCCCCCUACACCGCAAUGGUCCUAUCACUGCCUACCAGGUCUGGAGGUGGUGUCAUGACGAGCGGUGUUCCUCUGAGCGUCAACGGGUCUGUUACUUCACUCAAGGUCCACAACCUCACCCUCGGGAACUCCUACCACCUCACCCUCGCCGCCUCCACUGCCGGUCGUGGCCCCUACACCUCACCUGUCUCACUACACGUCGAUCCUGUCCUCCUGCACCCACUGGCUAAGUCGGGCCCGUCACUUGCCUCCCUGGACGGUGAUGUGUGGGUCAUCGGCCUGAUAGGAGCUGCUGUCUGUCUCCUGCUGGUGUCCAUCGCUACGCUGCUCUUGUGGAGGAGACACGCCAGGAACAAGGCUCUGGGACACGUCGGGGUGUCGGUACAUAAGGUAGACAACUUGGGCGUGGGUCUGGCAGCGGGUGACAGCGGCUUGUGGCAGGAGUACGCGGGGUGGCAGCUAGAGAAGGUGUGUGGGGGUGGCGCUAGUGGUCUGGUGGGCGGCGGUGGUGGUCUGGUGAUGAACACAACAGGUAGCUUGGUAGACUGUGAGCCUCCCACCCCCAGGAGCCUCGUGACCUUCUACAGGGGCCCUGACACUACUGACGGGCCCUACGCCACCACCUCCCUUCUGGCGCCUCACUCCCUCCCUCACCACCAGCUCAAGAACCACGUGGAGGAGCACAGGUCAGCGGAGGGCGGGGGAGAGAAGCAUAGCCUCGGACACUCUAAGGCUCCUAGUGAGAGAAGCUUCUACACAGACGGUACCAACACGCUGCGGCGCCUCAAGGGGGGCCGGCCUCUCCUAUCAGCACCCCCCCUGCCUUGCCUCCCUCCCCCUGGGCUGCCGGACUCACGGACACACACGCCCUGCUACUGCUCGGCCGCCCACGCCUCCGCCCGGACCCUGAGCGAAUCGCCCUACUCGGAGGCGCACUACACGCCCACGGUCUCUGCACGCCACCCAUGUUACCCCGUGCGCCCGGACCACGCCCACGCCAUCUGCCCCGCCCACGUGUACGCCUCUGCCUCCCCUCUCCCGCCCUACCCGGACAGUGUGGCAUCCAGUAGACCGUCCUUACCGUCACCAGGGGCUCCUCACCAUCGCCUGUGUAGGAACUCUGCUGUUUAUGAGUCCGCUUCCCUCCAGUAUGCUCCUGCAGGAUAUUACCUCCCCUCCUCCAUGGCCUCUUCCUUUACCUCCACCACCUCCGAUGCGGCCUCAGGUGUGUCAGUCAACUCGGACGUAGAGAGAGGAGGGGUAGAGAGAGGGGUCCAGAGUUCUCUACCUUCUCUCACCUAUGAGGCACUUAAGGCUCUGGGCGAGGACAUAGAGGCAUUCAGGCAGCUCCACCAACUCACAGAUGAGGACAGUAUGAAGCCAGGUUGGGGAAGCUGCCAGCCUCAGUAGGGGGAGAGAUGGUCACCAGAACGAGGGGGAGUCAUCCAGCAACCCCCACCCACCUUCGAAGCCCCGCUCCCCCACCUGCACCACCGUCCACCGCCCAUCAGACCGCCCACACCACCACCCACGCCCAUACCCAUCCUCACACCCACACCACCACCCACUCCACCCACUCCGCCCAUUCCCACUCCAGCCACACCUCCAGCCAUCUCCCUAAUGGCCCUCUGGCGGGAACCUUGGCUCCAGGAGGGUCACUGCCGCCCCUGGAGGUGGGUGUGGCGCCCCUAGAGGAGGCCGAGAGUGACUGCCUGGAGGAGGAGGUGGAGGAGGAGUGUUCUGGGUGCUCCUGCUCCUGCUCUGAGGCUGAGUCGUCCUUGUACGCUGAGACGGAGUUCGCUGAGGAGGUCCGUGCCAGCCUCGAGGAGCCUGGUGGGGCAGGGGCGGGCGGUCGUGGGCGUGGUGGGCGGCGUCACAGACAUAAGCGUCGGCCAGUCUCCACCUACAGCACUGACAGUAAUUAUAUGCCGCCCGAGUCUCCACGUAAAGAGGCGCCGCCCUACAAACGCCCAACUUUCCUGCCAGCGCCUCUCACGCCCACCAGGGCCUCCACCACGCCCACCACCAAGGCCUCCACCACGCCCUGAGGCCUCAACCACGCCCUGAGGCCUCAACCACGCCCUGAGGCCUCAACCACGCCUCCCACGCCCUGAGGCCUCCACCACGCCUCCCACGCCCUGACGCCAAUUGGCCACCACAACAAGUAUAUAUACAAUGUCUAUCAGGAAUACAUAUAUUUAUACAUAAAUAUACAUAAUCGUUAUAAAAUAAUAUAAAUGUACAUAUACUAACGUGCUUCAAUACAUAUAAUGAAUGUGUACUUAGAGGUAUACAUAGAGGAGGACAUUUGUGUAUAUAUGUAUAAAUAUACAUAGAAAAAAUGGUGGUAGGAAUGUUUAGAAAAUUAUACAUCAAUAGACAUACUAGAAACUUUUGGGUGGCGAAAAAUCAUACAUAGGUGGAACACAUGAGUGACAACAGCGAUCAUACAUGAACAUACAUAAUAUACAGCCCUGGGUGGAGAAGAAUCAUACAUAUACGGUGGUAUACAUAAAGAGGCAAUAGAAAUACAUUAAAAAAUAUACAUAUCGGGCACUAUACAUACAUACGGCGUUCAUAUGCAACAUUCUAUACACUAUAUGCUGUCAGGUAUACAGCAUUGGCGUAUGUAUAUGUAUAUGUAUAUUAAUUCAAAUGAAAUAAAUACGGAGACCUAGUAUUUUACAGCAUUGGACAUUUACUGAAUGCUGUACAGAGAAAAUGCCUACAAUUGCAGCAUUUAUUUGUUUGCUGCUGUUCACAAUUAUCGUUUGUUUAUUUUUGCUGCAUUAGAGAAAAGAGAAGAAAAUUGCUGUUUGUUAAUUACUUAUAUUAUUUAAGUAGUGUUUAUUCAGCCUUAACCUUGUAUGCAAAACACUUAUAUAUACUUGUCGUUCCUGUUAAGUGUUUAGUAGUAGUGAUCAGGAUGACGUCAAGUGGUUCAGAAUGACGUCAAGUGGUUCAGGAUGACGUCAAGUGGUUCAGAAUGACGUCAAGUGGUUCAGAAUGACGUCAAGUGGUUCAGAAUGACGUCAAGUGGUUCAGAAUGACGUCAAGCGGUUCAGAAUGAUGUCAAGUGGUUCAGAAUGAUGUCAAUGGUUCAGGAUGACGUCAAGUGGUCCAGGAUGACGUCAAGUGGUUCAGAAUGACGUCAAAUGGUUCAGGAUGACGUCAAGUGGUCCAGAAUGACGUCAAAUGGUUCAGGAUGACGUCAAGUGGUCCAAAAUGAUAAAAGGUAGACUGAAAAGUGCUCAGGAAAAGUGAAGAAAAGUGUGCUAAGGAAAAAUUAAAAGAAAGUGUUUGAAAGGAAAGUGAGACGAAAUUUUUUUUUAAGAAAGUGUUCAAGAAAAUGGAAGGAAAUUGGCCAAGAGAAAGAGACAGAGACAAUAUUCAGGACAAAAAACACAAAUUAUUACAAAAAAUCCCUAAAAUUUAUCCAGGGAAAAAAUGUGUAUAGGUUAGGGAAAAAUGUGUGUAUAUCAGGGAAAAAUGUGCAUAGGUCAGGAAAAUACUGUGUAUGUGUAAGGAAAAAACAUACGUAAAAGUGCUCAGGGAAAAAAACAGAAGGAAUAUGCAAAUUAGCUAAAAGAGUGAAAUAAAGUGAUAAAAUAAGAAGAAAAAAAGAUAAAGAAGAAUGAUAAGAAAAUAGACGAUAAUAAUAAUAAAUAGAAAAAAAUGUUUAAUGAAUUAGAGAGACAAACAGACAGAGAGAGAGAGAGAGAGAGAGAGAGAGAGAGAGAGAGAGAGCACAAAAUGAACAGACAAUGAACAAUAACAUAACAAAUAUGAACUAUUCAAGGUAAAUUUAUCAAUCGUCCAUAAAGGCGAAACUCCCAUGCAUAUCACUUAAUCAAAAUAGUCUUAGUGUGUCUCAUCCUAUGCCAAAAACUAAUAAUAAUAAUAAUAAUCCGAUGAUCGACGGACACAGGAGAAGGGAAGUGAAAAAAAUAAAUAAAAAUAAUAAAAAAAAUGGAAACUUUUGGCAACUUUCAUCAGUGACGUCAUAGAUUGGACAUUAAAGUUGCCAGAUGUGGGAUUUUUUUUAUUUAUUUUUAUUUAUUUUGACUUCCUUCAGAUGUCUCUACCGUGCGGAGAUAUUGAAACAAAAGACAAAUAAUAAGAAACUUGAUUAUUUUAUUGUUUUGUUUAUUUAUUUAUUGUUUUUUUUAAAAGAAUAUUAUAUAAAACAUAUUUUGUGUUGGGUUUAAGAAAUAAGGGGAUGGUAUAUGCCCUUCUUGCACGAUACAGGAGAGUUGAUGGCCAUGGUGAUAUAUGCCCUUAUUGCCCGGAUCUAUAUAAUACCUCACCCCUUCCCCCUCCCUCUUCCCUUUUCCCUCCCUCCUUCCUACACCCCAC